AUGGUCAUGAGUACCCAAAUAUAGGAACGUCCCCAUUUUUGGGAACGGAGUUCCCAAAUAUGGGAACGGGCGUUCCCAUUUAUGAGAACGGAAGGCAAUUUUUCGGCCGUUCUCCCACUAAAACUCAAAAGUGCAUCACGUCUCAAAAAAGUGCACGCUGAUUUAAGUAUCUACUAAAUCUCCAUAAAGUUAUCUUUAAUCUGACCGUGGAACAAGGAAAUUGACCGUGGAAUGAUAUUUUUAAUGAUUUUUUGAAAAUGACAGAAUGGUGGAAAUAUGGGUUAUACGACAUUUAACAUGCAAUUUUAAGGAAAAUGAAGCAUUUUUUAGUUUGGGGUAAAGUAUAAUAAUUUUCGCCUGGUUAUGAACUUUCAUACUAUCGACACCAGAUGCUGACAAAUGCAAGCGAAAACGCGGACGGUCCCGAGGCUACCAUUACCUAAAUAGCAUGAAAAAGGCAACUACAAAAUGAGCCACAAGAGCUCAAGAGAGGAGGUGUGGCAGCCGGGCGACAAGGUGGUGGCCCGCUACAACUUCACGGGCAGCUCGCAUGAGGACCUGCCCUUCCAGAAGGCCGACCUGCUCACCAUCGUCACGCCUACGCGCGACCCCAACUGGUACAAGGCCAGGAACUCUGAGCAGCGCCAGGGCCUCAUCCCGGCCAACUAUGUGGAGAAGCGGGCGUCCAGCGAGCACGGCGAGCGGCGCACCGCCGUCAAACUUAACGCCAUGCCCUGGUUUCACGGUAAGAUAGCCCGUGAGAAGGCCGAGCAACUGCUGUCGCCGCGAGAGGACGGCCUGUUUCUGGUGCGGGAAUCCACCAACUUCCCCGGCGACUACACGCUCUGCGUGUGCUUCCAGGGCAAGGUGGAGCACUACCGGGUCAUAUUCAAAGACAACCGGGUCACCAUCGACGAGGAAGAGUUCUUCGAGAAUCUCACCAAACUCGUCGAGCACUACCACAAGGAUGCGGACGGCCUGUGCACCCAGCUGAGGCGCAGCGUGCCCAAACAGGGCAAACAGGACUUCUCCGUGGAUUCCAAGGCGUUCGAGACAGCCGGCUGGGUCAUCAAAAAGGAGGAUCUCAAGCUCGGCGAGCCGAUCGGGAAGGGUGAGUUCGGUGACGUGCGACUGGGCACGCUGCGGAACCACGAGAGUGUGGCGGUGAAGACGCUAAAGGACAGCAGUCGGCCGGUGCAGCAGUUCCUGGCCGAGGCGUCCGUCAUGACCUCGCUGCGGCACCCCAACCUGGUGCAGCUGAUCGGCGUCGUGUUCGACGAGGGCGUCAUCUACCAGGUGAUGGAGUACAUGGUGAAGGGCAGUCUGCUCGAGUACCUGCGCUCCCGCGGCCGGCUGCACGUCUCCAAACUGGACCAGAUAAAAUUCGCCUGUGACACGUGCGCCGGCAUGGCCUACCUGGAGUCGAAAAGGUUGGUUCACCGCGACCUGGCCGCGCGGAACGUGCUCAUAUCCGAGUCGGAGACGGCCAAAAUCUCCGACUUCGGCCUGGCGAGGGAGGAGCAGUUCAACCAGGAGGGCGGCAAGUUCCCCAUCAAGUGGACGGCGCCAGAGGCUCUCAAAGACAGCAAAUUCUUCUCCAACAAGUCGGACAUGUGGAGUUUCGGCGUGUUGCUCUGGGAGAUCUACUCGUUCGGCCGGGUGCCGUACCCGCGCAUACCGCUCACUGAGGUGGUCCGGUAUGUGGCCAGCGGCUACCGCAUGGAGGCGCCCGAGUGGUGCCCACCUGAGGUCUACCAGAUCAUGAAGGAGGCCUGGAGCGCCAACCCUGACGACCGCCCCACGUUCCGGGCCGUGGAGACGCGUCUCAAACAGAUCAAAGCCACGCUAAACAGCUGAGUAGCGCCGCCUUCCGCCAGACCGACUGGAGACACCACGGAGAGAGGAGCGUGAGUGACCAGCGCCGACAGCCACACCUCCAUACGCGCCGCCGUCCGGGCCCGGCCCGCCCGCUCCCCCGCCUCGCAUCGCGCCACCCCGUCUCACCCCGCCUGUGAUGCGCACUGUCCCUCCCCCGCGCUCCGCGUGCCCCCUGCCGGACGAGCGACCCCCGGCCCGGCCCGGUGGCAGGCGCCUUCUGAAGCUGUGCCUACGCUUCCGGACCGCGCCGCACGGACACAAAAUGGCGGUCUUUAUUACUAUUUUGACAUUGUUAAUUAGGUACUUAUAUACGAUAGCGACGAUAAAGUGCUCUGUACAGAGGGUCACGCUAUUGCGGGCCGACGUAUGUUAGAGAGACGGAAAGCAGUGUGAUCCGCACGAAAGCUAUUAGGCCGUUUACAUACUGCUACUGGCGCGCAGUGAGUGUACGCUCCCAGUGGACGUUUUGUUGGUGUCUGUUAACUGGGUGGAGAUUAUGCCGGUCCGCUGAGUGUUUUGUAUAGGGUUUUAAACGUUCCGAAGUUGUGUCGGUGCGCCGCAUGUUUAUGACGAGUGUUUUAUUGGCGUGUCGCCCUCGGCAGUAAGUCUCGCCCUAUUUUUGAGUAUGUCGUCUGUGCGGCUCGAAGGCUCGAUAUUCUCGACAGGGGACGUUUCCUCUGUUGAAGACGCCAGCCUCGACGUAGGGUCUUGCCCUCCCUGGAAGGCGCUGCCAUUUCUAGAGACUGACAUCCUCCAUGGAGAGCGCUGUCCUUUGUAGUGCACGUCGAUAUCCUAUGGGCACCGCACUUGCUGGAUAGGACGACCCCUGCCGUACAUGUCUCAUUUUCUCAUGCCCUGACUGAUGAAUGUCGCUCUCUGCUGGAUGCUGGUGAUCGUUUGACAGACGUCAUCUACGGCUUGCCCUGUGCGACUGCCCAACCGGACAACCCACUGCUCCUCCGCGCUAGUACCGGGCCUUCGCGGCGACCGGGGCACCUGUCUGUGUGUGGAGGGCGUGGGAACGGCCACCGCCCCGCUUUGUACUGGCCAAAGAGCGACGUCGGACGUUUGUAUGUCCGGGUGAGCGUGACCGUGUAUGUGACAAGACAGUGCGGAUUCUGAUCGAAUAUCUCCGCCCAGUGUGUGUGAUUUGUCGAAGCUGGUGGUGACAGCGCCCGAAAUGUGACGCGGAAGGAUAUGAACUACUGGUCAGCGUGGACGGGAAGCCGGCGAAGAGAAUGACACGCCUGUGUGUGACGUGACAGUGUGACGCGCUGUGACGUGACAGUGUGACUCCGCUAUGUUGUGACAGUGACGCGCUCGCCAGCAGACUGCCUGGGCUGCCUGCGCCCGUGGAGGGCCAGCAGCAGCAGCGGUGACUGUCUCCGUGUCGCCCUCUGUGGCUCACUGAACAGUCGCAGGCACAGCUCCGUCGUGAGUGAGAGGACCGGAGAGCAGCAUCCCCGUGUGUGACUGGACGCGGCAGUGAGCGAACCACACUGCCGUGUUAUUCCAUGCCGCUCGACUGGCGACGGGCUCGUCUACUGGGCUCGGAAGGGUGAACUGCGUCUGAACGCUUUUAUACACUUGGACCGACUGUUCUGGCACUGCCCCGCGCCAGGGGCCGUGCGACAAAUACAGUAGAAUGCGACA